AUGUCUACUCCUCAAGAGACGUAUCAAGAUAUUGAUGAAACUGCGAUCACCUCUGCCUUACUUACUGACAUUACCACUCCCACCAAUAGCCCAAUUAACGAUAAAAAUGUUUCUAACAUCCAACAAAAAAUAAAUAGUCUUUCAAAUGACAAAGCGACAUAUGACUUGAGGAUUCUUUUGCCUGAUGGUUCGAGCGUCCUGGUACACAGAUUUCUAUUGUUGAUUGCUUCCCCGACACUCCUUAAAUAUUUCCAAGAAUCCAAUCAUAAAGAGAACGAUAAUAAUAAGAGGUUAAUUCUAAUCGAUAAUCCAUCAAAUGAGAGUGAACCUGUCGAUGGAUGGUUUGAUUGCGAAGACGAUAAUUAUAAUGACGAAGAUGACAUUCUUGAUAUCAAAAAAUCGAAUGACAGUAACGAUAGUAAUAAAGAGGCCUUAGUCUUCAUCACUGAUCCAAACCAAUUACGUAUCGAAUAUCCUCCCAACAAAAAUCUCGAAACAAUCGUGUUAACACACUUGACUGGCUCCACUAAACUACCACCAGCAUCAAUUUCACACGCAUUUAAUCACUUCAAGUUUUUUCUCUAUACAGGAGAAAUUGAAUAUCACCAGCUGGAAACUUCAAUUUCACUUUACGCUUCUUUUCUUUUUCUAAUUGAUGCACUCAACGUCUCAGGUUUAGUUGAGUCAAGUAUGAAAGCAAUUGAUGAAUACAUGACCAAGAACAAUAUUAUCUCUUUAUUGAACAUAAUCUUCGAUACUUUGCUACCAGAUCUUGGAAUAAUUGAUGCUAAUUUGAAUGUUAACAAUGACUGGGUUUGGUGGGCGAAGAACGAUCGGUUGGUUGUCAAAGUUGCAGAAAAAUCUAUCGAGUUCUUCUGGAAAAUCGAAUCGAUGUCAGAACUCUAUGGCUUCCAAGAAUUAAAGAGAUGCGCAUUGAAAUGUGCGGUGGAAUAUUAUUUUAAGAAUAAUAGGACCGAAAGCGUUUUGGAUGAUUCUAUUAGAGCUGUGAAUGAAAAAGCCUUCAAUGUUGUGAUCGACUGGCUUAAUUGUCAAACCGAAAUUGAGCAACUAGAAUCUAAUCAAGAAAUAUUCUCCGCUAUCGAUUUCUCAAAAAUAGACUCUGAAAUUUUAUCAAAAUCGAUUAGAGUUAUUCGACUAUUAGCGCCAUCCAUAUAUCCAGAAAUAAACGAAUCGAUUUUGCUAAAUUUGACUCAAAAAGUCAAAUCUCUCGAAACCGAACUGAUGAUCAACAAUCUCAACAAUCUCGAUCUUCGCUGUGUAAAUCGAAUUGUUGAAGAUUAUUGCGAUUAA